CCUGUACAGCAAGUGCAUAGUCUCGAGCUGCACUUCUAACAGUAAAAACAAAUCCACAGUAAUUAACAAGUGGAUGCGGUAGCGUCCAAAAAAUACAUGACAAUGAUACGACACAUCAUACUUUGUACGCUCUUUGGCGUUGUGUUAUGCCAAAAGACAUUAACUGUGCCUUCAAGCAAAAAAUACGAACCUACAUGGGAUAGUUUGGACAGUCGACCGAUUCCUGUAUGGUACGAUGACGCUAAGAUUGGUAUUUUUAUUCAUUGGGGUGUAUUUUCUGUCCCGAGUUUUGGAUCUGAGUGGUUUUGGCAUAGUUGGAAAGUUCGUAAUCUGAGUGAAUAUAACGAAUUUAUGGAAAGAUAUCCUAGUUCCUUCUCUUACCAAGAGUUUGGAAAGGAUUUGACUGGUGAAUUCUUCGAUCCUAAAGCUUGGGCUGAAUUGUUUAAAAAGGCCGGGGCUCAAUACGUUGUUUUAACUUCCAAGCAUCAUGAAGGUUACACUUUAUGGCCUUCUAAAUAUUCUUACUCGUGGAACAGCGUUGAUGUUGGACCUCAUCGUGAUAUUGUUGGCGAACUCUCUGCUGCGGUAAAAGCAGAAAACUUGACUUUUGGAUUGUACCAUUCGCUUUACGAAUGGUUCAACCCAAUGUAUCUUGAUGAUAAAGCGAACAAAUUCAUGAAAGACAACUACGUUGUAAGAAAGGUUCUGCCUGAAAUGACAGAAUUGAUUGAGACAUACAAACCGCACAUCUUGUGGUCUGAUGGAGACUGGGAAGCCAGUGAGGAUUAUUGGGAGUCUAGAAAGUUCCUCGCUUGGUUGUACAACUACUCUCCGGUAAAAGACAAGAUUGUUGUUAAUGAUCGUUGGGGUAUUAACAUCACUUGCCAGCAUGGCGACUUCUUCACUUGCCAAGAUAGAUUCAACCCUGGUGUUCUUCAAAGGCACAAGUGGGAAAACGCCAUGACAAUUGACCGCAAAUCCUGGGGAUUCAGAAGGAACGCUGAACUCAACGACUACUUGACCACUCACGAGCUUCUAAAGACAAUGAUUGAGACUGUUUCAUGCGGUGGUAACAUUCUUAUUAAUGUCGGUCCUACAAAGGAAGGCACAAUUGAAUUGAUUUAUCAGGAAAGACUCUUGGAUAUUGGCACAUGGCUAUCGGUAAACGGCGAAGCUAUUUAUGCAACUAGGCCAUGGGCUCAUCAGAAUGAUACGGCCAGCAAUACAUGGUACACAGCUCGUGCUAAUGUUAUCUAUGCGCAUACUUUGGAAUGGCCGGCUGACAACCGUCUUAAGCUUGCUAAUCUUGUGAGCAUAUUCGAGAGUAUUGGCACCGUUCAGCUACUAGGUCAUCCGGACAAACUCAAUGUGAAAUUAGAGUGGACCACUGAUGAGAAAGUAGUGGUUGUUGAGUUCCCGAACAAGGCAACGGUGACUACCGACUGGGUCUAUGUCAUCAAGAUCGUUUCCUGAAUAGCUAUAUCUAAGGACUGUCGUUUUUCACAAUGCUAUCAUUUCCAUUUGACAUUUUGAAUAAUAAAUCAAUGAGCAUCCAUAAAA